CCACCGCGGCCCUGGUGGCAGCUGUCACCUGUAAGGCGAGCACCGCACGCAAGGGGAUGGAGCCCGGCGCCCAUUGGACAGAAUAUAAAGGCAGAAACCUACCCCGAAGACUGGGGGCCCCCCGGGGCGGCGGCGGGGGGCGCGCACCGCGGCCCCCAGCUCCUUUUUCCGCGAGACUCCCGGACUCCGCGGCGCGGGCGUGACCAAGGUCCAGCCUCGGGGACACGCCCGUCACGCCUCGGUGACAACGAUCAGGUGAGCCUGGCCGAGGCGGACUUGACUCCCGGAACCCGGGCUCCUGCACUUCCCGGCCGGCGCCGCGACGUACACCUGCCGCGCAACCGGGAGCCGCGGGUCGGUGGGAGGGGGGCGGCCCCGGCUUCCCUGCCGAGAGGGUACGGACCCUGACCAUGGCGCUGGCCGCGGCCGCGGCCGCUGCGGCCGCCGGGGUGAGCCAGGCGGCGGUGCUGGGCUUCCUACAGGAGCACGGCGGAAAGGUGCGCAACUCCGAGCUUCUGAGCCGCUUCAAGCCGUUGCUGGAUGCAGGCGACCCGCGCGGCCGUGCAGCCCGCAGGGAUCGUUUCAAACAGUUUGUCAACGACGUGGCCGUGGUGAAAGAGUUCGACGGCGUCAAAUUCGUGGUGCUGAGGAAGAAGCUGCGGCCCCGGGAGGGACCAGAGCCCCUGACCACCUGCUGGAACAGCACCCCGGGGACACUAGCCCCGCCGUCGAAGAUCACUUCCGUCUCACAGGUGGAAGCCGCUGCCUCGGGCACUCCAUCCUUGGCCUCCGAGCAGAAGGCGGUGGAACCACCUAGAGACCCGGCUCCACCAUCAGAGUCGCAGGACACCCUCGGGGCUCCGGCCUCCGAGCCCACUCUGCCAACCAGGGAGCUGCUGUUAAGCCCGGCCCUGCAGUCAGGGGGGCCCUCGGACCCGCAGAUUCCAACUUUUGAGCUAUCCCAACCCUCCGAGGGGCUCUCUGCAGACGUGGCUCCACCGUCUAGGGCACCUUCGGAGGCAACCUUGACCCACGCAGAGCCGCCAGACCUGGAACCUGGGCCUAGACAAUCAAAAGGGCCGCCACCGCCCCCGUCACCGCCACCGCCGCCUCCGCGCGCGCCGCUGCAGAAGCCCUGCAUGCUGCCGGUGCGCUGCGUCCCGGGUCCCUUCCGGAUCCGGACGGAAGAUCAAGGCCUGCGUCGGCAGCUGUCGGAGGAGCCCAGCCCUCGGAGCUCCCCGCUGUUGCUGCGGCGGCUCUCGGUAGAGGAGCCUGGCCUAGGCCUCAGCCUGGGUCCGGGCCGCUCCCCGCACCUGAGACGCCUGUCACGCGCCGGCCAGCGCCUGCUUAGCCCCGACACCGAAGAGGUGCCCGCUGCACCGCCGCCGUCCGCCGUGCCCCUGGAGCCGGCCGAACACGAGUGGCUAGUGCGGGCGGCCGGGGGCCGCUGGACACACCAGCUCCACGGGCUGCUGCUGCGCGACCUCGGUCUGGCGGCCAAGCGCGACUUCAUGUCGGGUUUCACGGCCCUGCACUGGGCAGCCAAGAGCGGCGACCUCGAGAUGGUGCAGCAGCUGGUGGAGGUCGCGCGGCGUGGGGGCGCGCGGGUCGACGUGAACGCGCGCUCACACGGCGGCUACACGCCGCUGCACCUGGCGGCCCUCCACGGGCACGAGGAUGCAGCCGUACUGCUGGUGGUCCGCCUGGGUGCGCAGGUGCAAGUGCGUGACCACAGCGGGCGGCGAGCCUACCAGUACCUGCCGCCCGGCGCCUCGUACGCGCUGCGCCACCUCCUCGGCGACCCCGGCCUGCGAGGCUCUACCGAGACUGACCGAGCUGGCGGCGGCAGCGGCAAUCUUGCGGCCCGGCGCCCGGUGCAGGUGGCCGCCACCAUUCUCAGUUCCACCACCAGCGCGUUUCUGGGCGUCCUGGCCGACGAUCUGAUGCUCCAGGAUCUGGCUCGAGGCAUGAGGAAGUCCGGCUCCUUCAGCAAAUUCUUGGGUGCCUCGCCCAUGGCUCCUCGUAAAAAGACAAAGACUCGCAACAGUCUACAGGCCUUUUCAGAAAUCUCUCGUCGACCUACUCCGGGGCCUUUGGCUGGUUUAGUGCCCAGCCUACCCACUGCAACCUGAAGGUCCCAAGGUUAUGGCUUGGUUUCUCUAACCUGGCCUUGCCUCUCAGUCAGAUGGCGGCCCAGCACCUUUGGCUCCAUCUUGUUUCCAGCUUUGUCCACCGCAGCCUGUCAUACGCAGGUGGGCCUACGCCUCCAGCUUCUGUCUGAGGCUUGAUCUUUCUCCAGAGAUGGGAUUUAAGAUCUCAGUGAGAGCUUCCUAUGAAGAACUCCAGAAGUCAGGCUUAAAUUUUGGAGAUGUGAAAUUUAGGAUCAAAAAGGUUAAGGGGCAGCAGCUGGUCUGGCCCCUAAAUGAGUUAACCUGUUCCUUCUGCAUCCCUACCCUCCUAAGCCCGAAUUAGAGCUUUCUGUGAUGAUCGAUUGUCAGCUUUAAGAUACAUUGUGCUUUUGUAACUUGAUGCUUUUAUCCUGUUUUUAAAUUGAAAUGAGGUGAAACGACUUUCAUAAAAGAACCUUUUGAAAAUAUAUUUUUCCAAAAUGAUCAUUUUCAAUCUUUUGCUAAAUAUUUUGGAAUUCUAUUUAAAAAAAAAAAAAGUGAUCAAGAUCUAAAGGAAAUUAGUCCCAACCAACAAAACCCUUGAAUGGUUAUCUACCUCAUUUUAGGCAAUCAAGAUUCUAGGGAGUCUUGAACCCAGAAUGUGACCAUUGUGAAUGUAAUUAAUCUCAGCUGUACUGUGAAUGCUAAUUACUAGAAAACAAGUGCAUCCUGGGAGUAAAAGUGAUUUAACAGUGAGUGAAAAGGCACAUUUUGACAAAUACUUUAAAUUCGUGGUUAUUUGUCUUUGGCACUUGGUGGCUGGCUGUUUUGAUUUGGCAUGACUAUUUAAUUUUUAAAGUAUGGCUUAUCUGUGAAUUGCACCACUGUGCCAUGUUUCUGAACCUGUGGCUUUGGAGUCCAGCUGAGCCUAUCACUGCAGUAGGUAAACAUUCAAAGAAAAAAAAUGUCAUAGCAUUACACCAGAAAAAUUACUAGUUAAAUAAUAACAGAUACAAUUAAGGACCAACUAUUUUACAUGAAAGUUAUGUACAAACAAAAAGUCCGUGACAGCCAUUUUAAAAAGCCAUCUGAAAACAAACAGCUUAUUCCAACAUAGCAAACGCACAUUCUCUUUGCUCAAUGACCUUAGGAGAGGGCUAGCUUAACUCAUGUGCAUCUUUGCUUGCAUUUGUAAUGGAGAAGAUUUUAGGUAUUGCCAAGAUUUCUCAGGUUCAAUGCAGUGUAAUCAUAAUGGCUCUUUUUCCAUUUUAAAUGUGUGGCAUCUCUUUGCUCAACCAAGCUUUUAAAAAACAUCUUGUUGAAAUAAUGCCCUGCUUUUGCACAUUGUGUUUGCAUGUCAUUAGUUAUACCAAAUGGUUCUUGUGGCACAGGCUCCCCUCCUGUGUACAUAUCAGUGAGGCCUCUGGAAUUACUGAAGGCAGUCUUUCAUGGAAUGUUUUGAUUUAAGCAAUGAAAUAAACGUUUUUCCCUGCUUGUGUGAUGAGAUA